CUUUAUAUAUGAAACCUCAUCAGUCAAUAAUUUGAAACUUCGAGUUGAAAUUGCGGUUUCAUGUUUACGUUCUCUCUCUCUCUUUUUCUAAUUGAGUGCGAUUUCUGAAUAGGGUUUCUGUGAAGUGCUUCUGAUUGAUAUGUGACCGUGAGUUGUUUUACUUUUGUAUAAUGUGGAGUUUGUUCCUUAUAUUCUUCAGUACGCAUUCGCUUGGAUCUGAUCAGCAGGCGUGAAGUUUCUAUCGAAUUAUUGUUAGUCAUGAUUCAUUUUGUUCUCUUAAUAAGCCGACAAGGAAAAGUUAGGUUGACAAAAUGGUAUUCACCUUAUUCCCAGAAAGAAAGAAGUAAGGUAAUACGGGAGCUCAGUGGGAUGAUUCUAACACGAGGCCCCAAGCUAUGCAACUUUGUUGAGUGGAGGGGAUUUAAAGUUGUUUAUAAGAGAUAUGCCAGCCUCUACUUUUGUAUGUGCAUUAACCAGGAAGACAAUGAAUUGGAGAUCCUUGAAAUUAUUCAAUAUUUUGUCGAGACUCUUCAUCGUUACUUUGGAAAUGUUUGUGAACUAGACUUGAUCUUCCAUUUCCAUAAGGUUUAUUAUAUACUGGACGAGAUCUUAAUAGCUGGUGAACUCCAGGAAUCAAGCAAGAAGGCAAUUCACCGUCUAAUAGCUGCACAUGAUUCUAUAGUCGAGACUGCUAAAGUAGAAUCAAAUACUGUCAGCAGUAUAAUUGCACAGGUAACUGAUUAAACACACACACACACACACACACACAUAUAUAUCAGGGUGGGUUCACGGGAGAACCCUAAAAUAUGGAGAACUGGAAACCCUCUAUUAAUUGUUGGAUCUAAAAAAUAGAUGGCUUCGAUUCAUGGGAACUCAUUGGUUACAUUCAUUUUACCCACCAUUGUAGAGGGAGUUGCCAUUUUCAAAAUGUCCAAAUUUGGUGUCGUUUUUUCGGGUUUUGUACAAGGGAUUAUUUGGUGCCUUGUGCAUUCAGUUAUUUAUUUGUAUUUAUUACAAGCAAAUUGAAACUUAAAAUGUAUGAACUUGUCUUGCACAUUCAAUCUAGCAAGUUUUUGCAAGGCAA